AUGAGUGGACAGAUUAAAUCGUUAUAUCCGGAGCCUAAUGUAUUGACCUCUUCUCUGAAGGUGGGAGCCGUGACUGGAUCUGCUGGUCUCAUAUACGGGGGAAUAUCAGGAGUUAUCCGGUCUCCCCACCCCGUCAUUCAUUCUAUCUCUUGCGGAAUCCACUGGUUUGCAUGUGGAGCCUCCUUUUGGUGGUUGAGAAGCAACAUUCUAAAGCUUCACUAUGAAGACAAGGCGACCCCUAAGCAACGGGCUUAUGUCAGCGCCCUCUCCGGAGGAGUUGCCGGAGGGGCUGUUACGAGGCUAAUGGGCGGGCGACUUGUCCCUGGGCUAGUUGUUUUCUCGUUACUAGGCUAUGUCGGGCAAAGCUCUUAUAAUGCGAUCGACACCUGGCAAAUGGAGAACGCGAAUACGACGUCUAAGCCGUUCCUGCAGCGGAUGGCCGACUCCAAAUGGAUCCCGCUCAAGUCACUCUCGGAUGACGAUUACAGGGGUAUCUUGAACGAGAAAGUGUUGAGUAUCGAGGCUGAGAUCGCACUUAUUGACGACAAGAUCGGGGAGCUUGAAAAGCUCAAGACUAGUGGUCUCGAAUCGGGAAAUUCGGAUCCUGCAGCUAAGUAG